AUGGAUUCGAUUCAGAGCCCCCUCCUGCCAAUGCCGUUGGAGGUCCUCACCCAUAUCACCUCUUACCUCACCACUCCCGAGUACUGUGCUCUCCGUCGCACCUGCAAACACAUCGAGGCUUCUCUGUUCAAGGACUUUGCCAGAGAAUUCUUCUCUAAGAGACAGUUCUGCAUCGCUGAAUUCAGCUUGCAGGCCUUGGUGGAUAUUGCACAGUCGCGCUUCGGUCCCAGCCUCACCUACCUCGUCAUCAACUUGGAGCGGCCGACACUGAAGUUCGUCGAUCAAUGGAUACUACCAGGCCUCCCCCCCUCUGAGUUAGCUGCCCGCAAGAAUCAGCACAUUGCAGUGUGGCGGGGCCACAAAAACCUCAUCGACACCCUCCGUCACGUUGACCUACUGGCUGAGGCACUGCAGAAGCUGCCAAACCUUGAAACCGUUGGAAUGCGAGAUUUCAACUCAAGGACCCGUUAUCGUGAUGGCACUGUUUGGCAUAGUUAUGGGACCCAAACCGAGACGACUUUUCGCUUCGAGCGACCGAGUGGCACGCCUGGCGAGCGUGCGCCCGACAGCGAGAGUGCCAGUUACAUUCGGCAUGUCUUUCUCGCCAUCUUGACAGCCCUGGGGAGAAUGAACGGUCAUACAGAUUGUGCAAAGCCCCAACGUCUUGAAGUCAUUUUACGCCACGCCCAGCUUUCCGAUGGUGCCUUCGACAUCCCUCCCCACCUUGAGGCGAGCAUCUCCUCGGUACUCGCAAACCUCAAGGCUAUCUUCUUGGACCUCAAUUCAAUAUUUCCCAUGGCCGAGACAAACGUGAUGACUCACCAUGGCUAUAUGCUCUCGCAAUUCCUCCUGAGAGCACAGCCGCUCGAGCACCUGCGUUUGAAUUUUCAGGGGUGCCAUCAAGAUGGAACCAAGGACAUCCUCUCGUGGCUUUCUCAAACUCCGCAAGCUGCAAACGUAUUGCCAACGCAAGGUGACUUGCUGAAACACUUGCUGAAACCAGUACCGGCACCGGACUUCUCACUGAAGCACCUGGAGAUUGGAUUCACUGAAGCAGACCCGCUGGAGCCCAAGCUGCUUCUCAGUUUGUACAAGCGAUACAGCAAGACGCUCCGAACCACUGCCUUGCACAAAGUCGCGCUCCGCGGUCCUCACCAGGCCACCGAGAAGGUCAAUAUAUGGGCAAAGUUCUUUGACCAGUUGGCGGAACUUGAUUUGCAGCUGUCAAGAAUCUUGCUCUCCAACGUCAGCCAGACAUGCCAGGUUCCAUACCACGUAUGCAAGGUUGGGUUUUCGGGGGGCCCCAGGAGCCCGGAGCUCAAGUCGUGGUCAGGAAGUGCGCACUCAUUGAGCCACGCGUUGAAAGAUUACGCCAAGUCUUCGUUCGUAACUUGGCCUCCGACCAAUGACACAGACGGCGGCGAUACGAGUCAAAGCGACUCGAGCGACCCAGACGACGACAGUGACGAAAGCGAAAGUGACGAAGACUGA